AUGCAGCUUAUGGAGGUGCUGAAGAAGGAGGUGAGAUCGCUGCUAAUGGCUGCCAAAGAGGGGUUGACCCCAGGACAGCUAGAGCAGGAGUACAUGGCCAUGAUCGGCAAACCUCUCCCUCUACAUGACCUGGGCUUCAAAUCCACCUUGGAGCUAGUGGCAGAUAUGCCAGAAGUUGUCAGAGUCUGUCCUUAUGAGAAAGGCACUUUUAUCCUCAAAGGCAUUGCAGAUGAGACCACCAAAGCAAUUGCCGAACUGGUUGCCAGACAGAGGAGAAAUGCUAGGGCACGGAAGAGCACUGCUGCAAAGGCAAAUGCAAAUGCUGGUUCGUCCUCUAAGAAUCCACAGAGUUUCCCUCAGAGGGUCAGGGCUCCUGUCCUGCCAGCGACCGCGAAGGCUGAGCUGCAGGAUCUGCUGAGUUCCUCACCACUUCUGCUCUUGGACUUUGAUAAGGCUUUCUUUAGACGCUUUGGCCGGGCGUUCCAGUACACGCAGUACGGAUUUUUCUCCAUGUUUGAAGUCCUCAGAAGCGUGUCUGAUAUCAUUGUGGUGGAGCAGACAAGAGGAGGUUCCUUGCUGACCCUGAAGAAGUGCCUAACAAGUAAGAUAGAGAAGGAAGAGAUGCCGCAAGCAGCACCUGCAGUCGAGAUGCCUCCUUUGGAAUCCAGCUGUGAGACAGAGAGCAUCCACCUGACAGCAGAAGAGAAGCCAAUGGAAAUGCAAGCAGUAGAUUUGAGUGAUGGCCUCAAACAACCUCAAGAUUUGGAGCAAUCCCUGCUAGCCAAGUUGAUAAUGACUCCAGAAAUCCCUCCAGAUGCUGUUCAGGAUAGAAGCCUUUGCAGUUUACCACCACUGGAGAGAAGGUGCUUGGUGGGAGUCUUUGUGGAAUUCAUCAUCUCUCCUAGCCAGUUCUACAUCCACAUCUGCAGCAGUGAAACAUCUGAUAAACUGCAGGAUAUGAUGAUUGAGAUGAGACACUGUUACUCAAAUAAACUUGUUUCUGAUCGUUAUAUCAUGCCUGAGUCUUCAGUACAGCCUGGACAUCUUUGCUGUGUAACAGUCUCGAAAUGGUGGUAUCGCGUUAUCAUUCAUCGUGUGAUCAAUGACCAAGAAGUAGAGGUGUUCUACCCAGAUUAUGGAAACCUCGAAAUUGUCCAAAAGUCUUGUCUGAGAUUCCUCAAGUGGUGCUACUUGAAGCUCCCCGCUCAGGCCAUCCCGUGUUCUUUGGCGUGGGUAAAACCCAUGGAGGGUACGUGGUCCAAUGCAGCAACUCUCCUAUUCAAGCAGCUAUGUGACUCCAAGCUGCUUGUGGGCAUCGUGGAUGAAUACAUGAAUGGCAUUUUGCAUCUCUUCCUGUGUGACACAUCCACAGAGGAGGAUGUCUACUUCCACUGUGUCUUGAGGGAUGAGGGAUACGCUGACAUCUGUGGAGAGAACAUUCCUUCCCAGGGAUUUAAGGAACUGAAUCCUUUGGCCUUGUAUGUUCAACCCAGUGGAAAGCAGGAGAAUGCCGAACUGGUGGAGCCAGACCUUCGCUUGCAGCAGGAAUCUCUAGAUGCAGAUAGUGAAACAGCAACCUCAAAACUGGAUGAGGAUGAACUGUGUGACCAGGAAUGGCACCUGUCUGCUAAGGAGGAGACACAGGAUGAUGUGCGGCCACUUUUGGAUGAAGUGAGUGUCCCAAGAAUAACAGACCAAGGCCCUGAACUUCCCCAGGAGGAUACAAAUGAAACUCCUACAGAUCUUAAGGCAGUGGUUAAGACACCUCAUUCUCUUGGAGAGUCCUCAAUGCCUGCUGUCUUAUUCAAGUCAGUGGAAGACUUUUACAGCUCCUUUAUCUACUCCAAGCAACCAGCAGAAAUGAGCCAAGAUGACCCUGAUCAGAUAGAAAGAUUUUCCAACAAGGCUCAACUUCGUGAAGCUGUACAUCCCUCUGUUCUACUUAUGGCAAUACCGUUUAUGCUGGACAACCGUAACAAUGAAGAGGAAAUGAAGAACAAAGACCUUCCCAGGAGUCUUGCAGUUGGCCUGUGCAGUGCCAGUGGGCUGUCUGACCAAGGCCCAUCUCAGAAACUGUAUGUCCCUCCUACCACGCUAUCUGCGGUGCUGGCAGCUGCACGCUUAGCCACUUCCAGUGACUACUUCCAGUGGCCCGCAAGCAUGAGAAAGAAGGUGUGA